AUGAUGUCAAAGAGCUCUGCCUUAAUAUUUUUUAUGGUCCUUUUGAUAUGUAUAGCUGGGAAGCCAUCAUCAGUUGAAGCAAGGGGACCCUUUGAGUGCCCUCGAAUGAUUGAUUGCUCAAAAGUUUGCCAAGGAUAUCCGAAUUGCUGCAUUAAUGAGAAGGCUCCUUAUGUUGCUACUGCAGACAAAAAGAAGGAGGAGUAUGAGAAGGCUAUACGUGCCUAUAACAUUUCAUUGGCUGAAGGAAAAGCUGCAUCUGAGGAAGAGGGAUCUGAUAAGUUCAGGUCUAAAGUCAAUGACAAAGGCGAUGAUGAUGUAAUAUUACUACAAUUCCAUAUGGAAUGGCUCUCUGGUCAACUGGUACAGACAAUUUUCCGUUUAUUAAAGAUUUCAUGUCACAAAUUGGUCAGGUCAGGCGUGCUCUAG